UUCUCCGGAAGACAUUGGGACGUCGGACUUGCACGACACCGCUACGAUUGAACGAUUCGGAGGGAGUUUUGACUUGCCACAUGCAGCUUGCAUUAACUUAGAUGUCAUCUGCCAAAGUUCUUGGAUCUGCAUACCCUUAAGAUGGAAGCUCACCCUGACAUUCAAACGACCCAGAAGGGGUUUCGUUGCACUUUAUGUGGUGUCAAUUUACCAAAUGAGCCAACGGUCGAUGCUCAUGUGAAAGGGCGUAAGCAUCAGAAUCUCUUCCGACUACGUGCAACGCGAAAGGAGCAAGAGCAAAACAGCGUGUUUGUGAGCGGCAUCAAACCAGACACCUCGCAGAUGCAGCUCAUCCAGCACUUCGAACAAUUCGGACCAGUGACGGACGUCAUCAUGGACAAGGAGAAGGGUUUGUAUGCCAUCGUGCAGUUUGAGGAGCACGCAGGCACAGAUGCGGCCCUGGUCCAGCUGCAGCACGAGAUGGGCAACAUUAAGCUCAGGGUGAAGGCCCGGGAGAAGAAGGAGUUCAAGGUGGUCUUAAAGAAGAAGCAGGACGGCAAAAAUUACAACCUGGACACGCUCAGCCAGGAGCUGUGCCAGGCUGCCUCUGUAAAUGAACAGAUGCUGAGAGUCGUAGAGAGUCUCCAGCUGAAUGAGAAUGAGAGGGACGGCCGAGCGCUCCUGGUCAAGAUGCUGCAGGAGGUCUUCACCGAGUUCUUCCCAGAUUGUGAAAUUCUGCCUUUUGGCUCGACCAUCAAUACCUUUGGAGUUCACUCGUGUGAUAUGGACCUGUUUUUGGACCUGGAGAAAACCAAAACCUUUCAGGCCCGGGCCAAGAGCUCUUCAGAACAGGCAGGAGAUUGCCCAUCAGAGGACGGUCGCUCAGAAGACUCCAUCCUGUCCGACAUCGACCUCAGCGCGGCAUCGUCCGCUGAGGUGCUGGAGCUUGUCGCGGCCGUGUUGAGGAAGUGCGUCCCUGGAGUUCACAAGGUGCAGACGCUCCCCACCGCACGACUGCCCGUGGUCAAGUUCAGCCAUCGCGACCUCAACCUUCAGGGGGACAUCACCAUUAACAACAGACUGGCGUUGAGGAACACCCGCUUCCUGCAGCUCUGCUCUGGGCUAGACUCCAGGCUGCGGCCUCUGGUCUACACCAUCCGCCUCUGGGCCAAACAGAAACAGCUGGCGGGUAACCCCUUUGGCGGCGGGCCGCUGCUGAAUAACUACGCCCUGACGCUUCUGGUCAUCUUCUUCCUUCAGACCAGAGACCCUCCGGUCCUGCCCUCCGUAGACCAGCUCCGGCAUAUGGCCUGUGAGGAAGAGGAGUGUGUGAUUGAAGGCUGGGACUGCACCUUCCCCAGUCAGCCAAUCGCUGUGCCCCCCAGUAAGAACACUGAGGACCUCUACUCCCUGCUGUCUGCCUUCUUCUCCUUCUACACGGCGUUUGAUUUCUCCGCCUCUGUGGUGUCUGUGCGUGAGGCUCGCCAGGUCCCCAUCACCUGCUUCCUCAACCAAGACCCCCAGAACCCCCAAACUCAAACACUCCCAAACAACAACGGGGCCCCCAAACCCCUCGCGAGACCCCCCCGGCUGGGGCCCCUGACGGUGCUGGACCCGUUCGAGCUGCGUCACAACGUGGCGGGCAACCUGAGCGAGCGCGCCCAGAAGAGCUUCCAGCUGGAGUGUGGCAACGCAGAGAAGUACUGCCGCAGCCUGCAGUACCAGCGCAAGUCCGCCAAGGGCAAGUCCUGGGGCCUCGUGCGCCUCUUUGCCCCACGAAGCCCCACCGUGCCCAGCAGGGGGGGUAGUGGCAGCAGCGAGUCCAAGGAGAGGCACCUGGAGAUCAGUCUGCCCUUCAGGCUGGCGGCUCUGCCAGACGCGGCGCGGUUCCGUCUCGGCACGGCAGGCGAUGGCUUCAGGGAGCAGUGGUUCGCCAUGGUGCGGGUUGCCGCGGAGAGGGUGUUUCAGGAAGUACUGGGCUGUAGCCCCGCCCAGGAAGAGGAGUUUGAGGCGCAAAUGGACACUGGUGUCAUGGACACAUCCAAUCCAGAGGGGAGGACUCCCUCCUGCUCGUCCUUGGACACGUCCACUAGUCCCCUCGGCACUCCUCAGGCGGGACAGAAGCGUCCAUUGGCGUCCACCGACUCGUCCCCCAUCUCCCCGCAGGAGAAGCGCCAGAGGCUGAGCUCGGCCGACGAGCAGCCGCACUCGGCCACCUGGUGCUGGGUGCAGCGCCACCGCGUGUGGGCUGGCCGCCGCAAGGUGCGCAGAGACCUGCUGAAGAGCAGCGGGACGGAGUCCUCCCAGCCAGAAGGGGACGGCGUGGAGAUGGAGCUACAGGUGACGCGUCUCAUCGCGGCCAAAGAGCCGGACCCCCGCGACCUGCUGGCCUUCAGGGUGGGGGCAGAUGUGUUUGGGGGCAAUGAGAACACCAAGGUGGUGUUUCGGUUCACGACGCUCUCUGAUAAUCUGGGACUCUUCCAGGACUUUUUCCACUUCCUGGAGUGCUUCCUGCCCAAGACCACCGAUGCCUUACUUGGGAAGUAGAAAAUCAAGCUAAAAACAAGAGUUUUUGUUUUGUGAAAAUAUUAAUAAUCUAUUUUAUUAGAAUGCUUGUGUUUUUCCUAUCAAAACAGAUACUGUUUAAAGUGCUGAUGAGGUGUAUUGACUCAAGUGGAGUUCCCCAAAGACUAAAUAUUUUUUUAUCUUUUUAUGUUAUUUGUUUUCCCCAUCAGCAUAUUGUCAUCUUGCUUUCUUUUGUGUAGUAUCUGAUGUGAAAUUUAGCUCCUAACGUUUCUUUGUCUUAUUAGCUCUGGUUUUGAACGUUAAAUGGUUGUGAUCAUGCCCUCUGAGAUCUGCUGAAUCGUGUCAGACCAGGGUCAUCGUGCCGAUCCAGAUCAAAGCCGGUCCAGAUCACAUCCCGCCCAGAGGACAGCCGGCCCAGACCCAGAGAAAGCUACCAUGACUGUUUUCUUUGUUUGUUUUUGUUUGUUAUUUCUGAGUUCUGUGUGAAAUGAGCAGAAGAGUUCUGCGUGGUCUGUAGGUGUGUGUGUCAUGCUCUUGAGCGUGAUCGCCACUGUGCUGGCAUUAAACCUGUUGAGCACUUAUCCCUGGGGGAAGCUCUUCAUUCA